AUGCUUGCAAGACAUCAACAGCUCAUUAUUUCUCAUUUUAAAUAGUAGCAGUAGUAACUCAUUGCACUAUGACACUGAUAGCAUUUGCCACUGACGUGUAAAUAUAUACAGAGAACUGGCUUGAUUUCGAAUUCGAACUUUUUAGUUUAUAAUAUUCAUCGACAAAAACUACAUGCUACCAAAAUGUGGUUCAACCUUGGCUGCCCAAAAUUUAGCCAGUCUCGCUGGCAUGUAUUAUUCAUGUUUAUCGAGGCUUUUCUUUGUUGACGAUUGUCAGGUGAUUGGUUAUGGACAGCGAUUAUAGCUUAUGAGCCGAUCAUCAAUACGUUAUGUUAGCCAAACAACCUUUCUUCCUUCAGUAAUAAACUGCUCUUUUGAUGGCCACACCAGCAUGAAAGCAGGCUCUUGAUGUGAAUACACUUCACUCAUCAUCACUUGUACCCGGAGACACACGGGUAGCGUCAUGCAGGGGAGAUAACCUCGCUCCGUGUUAUUUUGUCUAUCGCAGCCAAAAUGGCGGCGACCGGAGUUCUUCCUUUCGUUAGAGGCAUUGAUUUGACAGGAAAUGAUUUUCGGAAUACUUUUCCAACCCAAAUCGAAGAUAUGACCGGCUUGAGGUGGCUUCGACUUAGUCACAACCAAUUGCCAAGUCUGCCAAAAGCAUUGGGAAAACUCAAUAAGCUGGAGGACCUGACAUUAAUCCACAACAACCUUGAAAGCCUGGGCUCUGAGCUACCCACCUUGCCAUCUCUGCAUAUGGUUAAUUGCCGGUACAACAAACUCACUGAUGCUGGCAUUCCUUCAAUGCUUUUUGCCCUUAAAGACCUUUCUAUUGUGGAUUUAAGUCACAACAACUUGAGAGAAGUGCCACCUGAGCUGGAGAAUGCUAAAUCUGUCUUGGUACUGAACCUGAGUCACAAUGAGAUAGAAAUGAUUCCAAAUCAGCUGUUUAUCAACCUGACAGAUCUGGUGUUUGUUGACUUCAGUAAUAACAACUUGGAGAUGCUUCCACCGCAAAUGCGGCGACUGACCAGCUUGCAAACACUCAUUCUUGAUAACAAUCCUCUGAUUCAUGCGCAGCUAAGGCAGCUUCCAGUACUGACAGCAUUGCAGACUCUUCGCAUGAGAAACACACAGCGCACACUCAGUAAUUUUCCAACCAGUCUUGAUACUCUCACAAAUCUUCAAGAUGUUGAUCUUUCGUACAAUGAUCUCCCUCGUGUCCCUGAAGCUCUCUACAAACUGGAAUCAUUGAGGCGUCUCAAUCUCUCCAACAAUGAAAUCACAGAACUCUCACUUAUGAUUGAUGUCUGGGUGAACCUUGAAACACUGAAUCUCUCAAGGAACAAACUGACUGCUCUACCAGUAUCCAUUCACAAGCUGGUUUCAUUACGUAAGCUGUACCUGAACUGCAAUCAGCUAGACUUUGAAGGCAUCCCGGCCAACAUGGGCAAGCUGCAUGACCUGGAGAUCUUUAGCGCUGCCAACAACAAUUUGGAGAUGAUCCCUGAGGGUUUGUGCAGAUGUGGGAAAUUGAAGAAGCUGAUCCUGAACAGCAACCGUCUGAUCACAUUACCAGAUAUCUUACACCUCUUGCCUGAACUAGAGACACUGGAUGUCCGUGAUAAUCCAGACCUGGUCAUGCCUCCCAAACCAGCUGAAAUGCGAAACAGCAUGGAAUACUACAACAUUGAUUUCUCUUUGAACACUCAGCUGCAGUUGGCUGGGGCAUCUCCAAUACCAUCGUCAGGACUAAUCACCCCUGCCAAAAGCGAUCCAGUUGCCCGAAAACUCAGACUUCGUAAAAGACGUGAUGGACAGGAAAGUGAGAAAGUUCUAAAGGGCAUGCGAGAUGUAGCUAAGGAUAAAGCAGAAGGCAAAAGCAGAAAGAAAGAUGAAGAAGACAAGGAGCCUAUCAAGACUAAGCGGUGGGAUGAGCAUCUGGAGCGACCACACCUUGACUAUAGUGAAAUUUUUGAAGAAGAUGCUGGUCAGAUCCCAGGGAUUUCCUGUUGGGAGAUAGAGAAUUUUUUGCCAAAUCAGGUUGAAGAUGCCCUGAUUGGCAAGUUUUACGAGGCUGACUGCUAUAUCAUUUUAAAGACAUUUAUUGAUGAAACAAACAGUCUUAACUGGAGCAUUUGGUACUGGAUUGGAGAAAAAGCCUCUCUGGACAAGAAGGCCUGUGCAGCCAUCCAUGCUGUGAAUCUUCGUAAUAUGCUGGGUGCUCAUUGCCGCACAGCUCGAGAAGAGAUGAAUGAUGAAGAUGAUGAGUUUCUUUCUAUGUUUGAAAAUGGUGUGUCUUACAUUGAGGGUGGUCGCACUUCCAGCGGUUUCUACACUGUUGAUGAUGCAAACUAUGAGGUUAAGCUGUACCGUGCCACAGGAACACAGUCAGUUCACAUGGAGAGGUGUCCAUUGCUGGUGAACGUCCUUGACAUGCGGCAUGUGUUUUUGUUGGAUGCUGGCCUGAAAUUGUUCAUCUGGUUUGGCAAAAAAUCCAACCUUGUCACCUCGGACAAAGUCAAGGUGAUCACUGAGAAAAUCAACAAGAAUGAGAGAAAAGGGAAUGCAGAGAUCUUUGUUUUUAGCCAGAAUCAGGAGACUGCAGAUUUCUGGAGGCUUAUUGGUGGACCGCCUGAGCAGCUGGAAGUGAAGGAGUCACCACUUACAAUUCUGAUGCGUCCUGACCCCAAACUGUACAGAGUUGGUCUUGGUAAAGGUUAUCUUGAGCUCCCCCAAGUGGAGAUCCCAAAGAAACAAUUGGUCAGCAAACUGCUGGACACAAAAUGUGUGUAUGUGCUGGACUGUAUCUCUGAUGUUUUUGUCUGGAUUGGAAAGAAAUCAACCCGACUUGUGAGGGCUGCAGCUUUGAAGCUGUCUCAAGAGUUGCAUGCAAUGGUUCAGCGACCAAAAUAUGCCACCAUCAGCAGGUGUUUGGAGGGGACAGAGCCUCAGAUAUUUAAAACCAAAUUUAUUGGAUGGGAUGAUGUCAUUCCUGUGGACUACACCAGAACAGCUGAGUCUGUCAUUAGGAGAGGGGCAGAUAUGAAGAUCAUUAUGGAAAGAGAUAAGAUGCAGACAGAUCUCUCUGCCUUGUUCAUGCCACGCCAACCUUCCAUGUCAGCUGAAGAAGCAGAGCAGCUGUCUGCUGACUGGAAUGAGGACCUGGAUGGUAUGGAGUCCUUUGUUUUGGAAGGAAAGAAGUUUGUGCGCCUGCCUGAUGAAGAACUUGGUAUGUUUUAUUCUGAAGAUUGCUACGUGUUCCUGUGUCGUUACUGGGUGCCAGUUGACCUUCCUGAGGGAGAGGAGGAGGAAAUAGAUGAAGAGGAUCUGCCAGAGGAUGAAUACAAGUGCAUUGUGUACUUUUGGCAGGGUAGACAUGCCUCCAACAUGGGCUGGCUGACCUUUACUUUCAGUCUGCAGAAAAAGUUUGAGUCUUUAUUUGGGAAUAAACUGGAGGUGGUACGACAGCAGCAGCAGCAGGAAAACCUCAAAUUUCUCUCCCACUUCAAGCGACAGUUUAUAAUUCGCAAUGGGAAGCGGCCAUCUCGAGCUGGUACACCACCUGAAUUGCCCAACAAACGCAAUACUGAGUUUUUCCAGCUUAGAGCCAAUGGUAGUCCAAUAGCUACCCGUUGUGUGCAGCUACUCAGACCAGAUGCAUCUAUUCUCAACUCAUGCUUCAAUUAUAUCCUUAUGGUGCCAUUUGAUAGUGAAGAGCUGAAAGGUAUUGUGUAUGUGUGGGUUGGAAGUCGUGCUGAUCACACUGAAGCCCAACUUGCUGAGCAGAUUGCAUACAAGAUGUAUAAGGAUGGCUACACAAUACAGAUGAUCAAUGAAGGGGAGGAGCCAGAAAAUUUCUUCUGGGUCGGCAUCGGUGGCAAGAAGGCUUAUGACAAAGAUGCAGAUUUUAUGAACUAUGCUCGUCUGUUCCGGUGUUCCAAUGAGAAAGGAUACUUUGCUGUAUCUGAGAAGUGUGCAGACUUCUGUCAGGAUGAUCUGGCUGAUGAUGAUGUGAUGAUCCUUGACAAUGGAGAGCAGGUCUUCCUGUGGGUAGGCAAGAAAACAAGUGAUGUGGAGAUCAAACUGGCCUUUAAGAGUGCACAGGUCUACAUUCAGCAUCUACGUAGCAAGCAGCCUGACCGUCCCAGAAAGCUACUACUAGCUAUGAAAUAUAAGGAGAAUCGCAAAUUUACAAAAUGUUUCCAUGGGUGGGGGCAUUACAAAGAGGUGCCCAAGUGAUUGCAUUAGUAAAAGCCCUAAUGGUCAGAACAUUAAGUGCCAUUUGAUCCUGACGUUUUUUGAUGGAAUUCUGUAACAUAGAGACCUUACCAAGAUAAAUCUUGCACUACGGAUGAAAAAAUCUUUUGCAGGUCACAGCAUCCUAAAAGAUGCAUGCAGCUACAUCAUACUUUCCAUUAUUUAUUAUGUAAAUGAGGUACAUAAUAUAUUUCCUUGUGUGUAAAGUGAUGUCACAAAGCCUCAGUUAUCAGUUGGCUGCUUUUGUAUUAUCUCGGUGCAUAGGCUGAAGGGCCUCUCAAGCAUAGAGUUAGAUUUUAUUUAUAUUUGGAUUUUGGAAGUGGAACCAUGUUGGCGUGGAAGAUGUGCUGCAGUGUGCCAGACUGAGAGCAAUUUGAAGUAGCCUUGGCAGUAUCAGAGAAAGUUUUUGUGCUGUUAAACAUUAGAGAGUCAAGCACUCUAUGAUAUUAAUGAUUCCUGUCAAACUGAAUGCUAUGAGAGCUAAAAUUAAUUUGACAUUAAAGUAACCAGGCUGACAUAUCCAUUUCUACACGACAUAGGACGAGAACAUUUUGUGCAGUGGAUUUCAACAAGCACGUUAUAACUGUUCAACAUAAUAUGUUUGUGAAUCACAAAGCAUGAUUAUGUUUAACAGAAAAUAUGGAAUGUAGAGCCUAGUACCUAUGGCAGAUACUAGAGAUGGAUGAGUAAGUGUUGGACUAAAAUCUGUGAUGUGUGAUGUGUAAGUGUACUCUUGCUAAAUGCUGGUUAACACACCUACUCUCCCAGUUGUCUUCUAUUUCAGUCUCCCGAUCGCACCUUAGCUUUAUAAUGUCCAGCUGUGCCCGCGCACACUUGGAAUGCUUAAAAUAGUUGAAAGAAAAUGUCUACAGGAUUUCCCUUCUUAAGCUACCAAGAGGGUGCUCUCUUGCGGUAAUAAUACUCAUCUUCACUCUUAACUUCUACAUCCUUGGCAUGGGUACCAUGUUGAUGUUUUUGCAGGUAGUCUUUCAACACUGCCGCGCUUCUUGUGCAUUUUGUCUGCUGUGAAACUGACUUUAUAUUUUUUUAUGGAAACAUAUUUUAAUAAAUGCAUGAAUCCCAGAAUA